CGGGGGUUCAGCCUCCAACAACAAGGAGCGAAAGCCAGCCAACAUGGCCGACCUGGGGAAGAAGUACUGCGUGAACUGCCUGGCGGACGUGACCCAUCUCCGGCUUCGCUGCACCGACUGUCCUGAUAUCGAGCUGUGUCCCGAGUGCUUCUCGGCGGGCGCAGAAAUCGGCAACCACCGCAGAUGGCACGGCUACCAGCAGGUCGACGGCGGGCGCUUCUCCCUCUGGGGUCCCGAAGCCGAGGGAGGAUGGACGAGCAGGGAAGAGCAGUCGCUCCUCGAUGCCAUCGAGCAGUACGGCUUUGGAAACUGGGAGGACAUGGCCGCUCACGUCGGGGCCGGCCGCACUCCACAGGAAGUCAUGGACCACUACGUGACCAUGUACAUCCACGGCAACCUGGGAAAGGCCUGCAUCCCCGACAGCAUUCCCAACCGGGUGACGGACCACACGUGCCCCGGCGGGGGGGCGCUCUCGCCCAGCCUCACCGUCCCGCUCCCGCCUCUGGACAUCGGCCUGGCCGAGCAGCAGCAGCUGGGCUACAUGCCGCUGCGCGACGACUACGAGAUCGAAUACGACCAGGACGCCGAGAAACUCAUCAGCGGGCUCUCGGUGAACUACGACGACGAGGACGUGGAGAUCGAGAUGAAGCGAGCCCACGUGGACAUGUACGUGCGCAAACUACGCGAGCGGCAGCGGCGGAAGAACAUCGCACGGGACUACAGCCUGGUGCCCGUCUUCCUGGGCCGGGAUAAGAAAGAAAUGCGGGACAAGGACAAGUUGCCCGGAGUGGCGAGCGCCGCAACGGGCGCGCUCGGAGCGGGAGCCGGCGCGACCGGGCCGGGUUCCGCGACGGCGGCGGGAACGUGCCCGCCGGUGCCCGCCACGCCGAAAAGAAAGAUCAGCAAGGAGGAGAAGGAGCAGCGGGUGCGUCUGCGGGGGCUCUGCCAGUUCAUGGCCCACCGAGAAGUCGAGGAGCUCUUUGAGAACAUGCACAAAGAGCGGGCGCUCAGGGCCAAAGUAAGGGAACUGCAACGAUGUCGGCGCAACGGCAUCGCCCGCCUGGACGAGGCGGCCGAAUACGAGGCGGCGCGCCACAAACGGGAGAAACGCAAGGAGAACAAGAGCGUGGUCGUCUCCAAGCGAGGCGGGGGAGGGGCCGGCGGGCUCGGCGCCGUGGCGGCGCCGGCCGGAGGCGGCGCGACCGGCGGGCUCGGGGUGGGCUGCGCCAUUAAGGAGGAAGGCAAAGAGAGCGAGUUCGCCGCCAUCGAGAACCUGACCGGCUUUGAGCUGCUGUCGGACUGCGAGAAGGUGCUGUGCAACUCCCUCAACCUGAGCCCCGCCCGCUACCUGACGGUCAAAACCAUCAUCAUCAAAGACCACCUGCAGAAGAGGCAGGGCGUCCCUUCCAAGAGCCGGCUGCCCAGCUACCUGGACAAAGUCCUCAGGAAACGCAUCGUCACCUUCCUCACCGAGAGCGGCUGGAUAUCCAGAGACGCCGUCUAGACGGACAAAACCAAAAACGAUUGACUUGCAACAUCGACGUCGGGAACGUGUUACAGUGGCAGCCUUCGCUCGGGAAAGAAAUACAGCGAACCCCCGUUUAUUGCGGUCAAAAUCCAAAGCACAUUUAUUUAUAUCGUCUUUGCACCUCCCACGCGCUGUCAAUAAAAUUUCGAUAAAAAUUGGAAGGUUCCGGAAUUAAACGUUGCAUAACCAAAACACCAAAGUGUUCAACCAAACCAUAUACUGUAACAACGGUUACAGUCUGUUAGCUUAAUGCUAACACAUCAUGUGAGACAGGCUCAUGAAAUUUAUGAUAAUUAUCAACUUUUUGCUCUUUUAACUCGCGGGCGCUAUGCUUCUUCUUCAAGCUCCGAAUUGCGCCGCAUCUCUUCCAGUCGAGCUCACUGCUGCCCGCUACGUUGUGGCACAACGUGGUACUACACUGAAGGCACACAAUUCGAAAAUAGUGCGAUACAAAUCCAUAAAAAUGAUCAAUUAACAAUCUGUGAUAGAUUUGGGGUUCACUGUAUUUUCAUAUCAGGACUAAGGACAAAAGAGCCAUAUGUUUUCUUUGCAAAGGCAAAGGGUGAAUUGUCAGUAUUUGGGGUCUCAUUCAGGUUGGAAAAUUUCUGGUGAAUUUCCAUUGGAAGUUUAACUGGGAAAUUUUGCACCCUUAUCUGUCAUUAGUAUAUGAAUAAAAUUUCACGAGUCCUGAGGCCCAUAAAGUGAAACAAUUCUCAGCUUUUUGCCCGACGGCUUGACGAAAUGGCGUUUUCAUCAUGUCCAGCAAAGUAGUGUGAUCCUUUGUAAAUAAUGUAUAAAUGAGAAGAAAAAAAAAUGAAUUACUGGUGACCUGUACAGUAUUUUCCAUUGUGGAAUUAUUAUUAUUAUUAUUUUUUUUACAUAGCUUUUGUAAUGAAAAAUGAAUUUUGUAUUGCACACAAGAAGCUGCGGGCUUUGCUGCCGUAUGCAUGGACAAUUGAACAUGUAUUAAAC